AUAUUAGAGAAGCAGCUAAAAAUUAUCUAAUUCUUCAACAAGAAUUAAAUAAUAGCUUACAACUAGUAAAAGAACUUUUAAAUACUAAAGAUAUUAAUCAAUUAUUUGAUACUAUUUUAAAAUUAGAUCAAACUAUAUUAAAAACUGAUAAAACCUGGAAAUCUGUUAAAAAUAAGAAAUGUGAGAAAAAAGAGUGCAAUAUUUGUGAGCCUAUAAGGCUUCCACAAGAUAUUUUUGACCAAAUUCAUCAUUUUCCAGAUCCAAUUCCAGGAAAAGAUGAUCAUUAUGCUUCUUUAGAUUAUGUAUAUACACAAAGAGCAAAAAAUGUUGGAGUAACAGUUAUGUGUUCAGAAUGUGAAAGAUGGCGAUUGUUUUAUUCCAAACAAAAACUAAAUGAACAAGAAAAAAAAUUGCUACUUGCAUUUUUGGAUACUAUUGAAUAUUCUUGCAGAUCAUCAUUUUAUAAUGCAGAAAACCUUUUUGGAAUUCAAAAGCAAAUUUCUUUACAACCAAUUAAUGAAUUAGAAUUAGAAAAUAACUCAGAGUCUGAAUUCGUAGUUACUAGAUUAAAAUCAAAAGGUAAAAAGCGAGUUAGUAGUGAAAUUGAAUCAAGUAAUAGCAAACAUAUUGGGAAUAAUACUGAUGAUUCAUUAAACCAAAAUAUGCAAUAUUCAGAUUCAGAAAUUUGGGAAAAUUUAUUUUAUACAAAUACUGAUAUUAAUAGUGAAUUAAUAGAUAGUAAAAAAAGCAGCAAUAAUAGUGAAUUCACAUAUAGUGAAGAAAAUGAUUAUUAUAAUGAUGAUAAACUGGCAAAUAGUAAAGUGAAUGUUGAUGACUCUAGUGAAUCUAUAAUUAAUGAAUUAAUAAGUAGUGAAGAAAGUAAUUAUGAUAAUAAUGAACUAGCAAAUUGUAAAGUGAAUGAUAAUAAUUCUAGUGAAUCUAUAAAUAAUGAAUUAGUAAAUAGUGAAGAAAGUGAUUAUGAUUCCGAAACCAAAAGUUUAUCAAGCCUUGAUGCUGACAAAACAAUGAUUAAACAGUUAUUUGAAAAGGUGUUUAUAAAUGAUGGAUUAACAUGUAAUUCUCCGAUGAAAAAGGCUUAUUACUCUGCCCAAAUAUUUUCAUUGCUAUGUUUUAAUUGCGGUGAUACUGAUAUUGUUACUCCAAUUCUAGCUACUCAAUAUCCAUUAUGCACAGAAUGUACACAAAAAGGUGUUAAAACACCAACUCGUGGAAAGUCCUUAAAAUUUAUAGCACGUAUUCACAAAAACAAAAAAAAGUUAGUACAAAAAUAA